AUGGACGAGUUGAUACCGAACUUACGAGACGAACGUGUGCAGGGUGCCGUGAAGAAUCUUCUUGUGUACAGCAUCGUCAUUCUGCUUGUUCCUCUUGGAUCAAUGUUUCUCCUGAAGCGGUUUAUGUUUGAAGAUCUUUUCGGCUAUACCCCUGACGAGGCGUUGACGUACUCAGCUGUUGUCGCUGUUGUUUUGGUACAUGUUGUGUUGUGUUUCUGGCUUUUCGCUGCGAACAAAGAUCAGAAGAAAGUGAUUUAA